ACAAGACAGUGACUCACAGGAGAUAGGGAGAGAGAGAGAGACUGUCCAAAAAGAGAAACUCAGAUUUUACUGGUCCACUCUCUUCCCUUCACUGAACUUAUUUUCCAUCCCAUUUAGGGUUAGGGUUGGCUUCAAAGCUUAUUUUUUCUUUUUCUUUCUUCCUUUAUUAAUUCAAAGCUCAGAAAAAAAUAAUGGAGGCAGAUGACGAGGAGAGAAGAAAAGAGAGAGUUGUACUGGCGGCCAUUGUUGUGUUUGCUUCAAUAGCAGUGGCUUCAUUACUGGUGGCGUUGAGCUACUACUGUUAUAUCCGAAACAAGGUCACAAGGCUCGGGAAGAAGAACCGCUCAAGUGAGCCUCAUUUAAUCCUUAAUCCUCUGUUUGGUAGCAAAGGAACUGCAACAGAAAGAGUUGAUUAUGAAAGUAAAACUGACUUUUCAAACCCUCAAGUUACUACUCCUAUUUCGGAAAAAGGGCUCCAAGUUUUCACCUUUAAGCAGCUGCAUUCUGCAACUAGUGGUUUCAGCAAGUCAAAUGUGGUUGGACAUGGUGGGUUUGGUUUAGUAUACCGAGGAGUCCUGAGUGAUGGGCGCAAAGUUGCAAUUAAGCUGAUGGAUCAGGCUGGAAAGCAAGGAGAAGAAGAAUUUAAAAUGGAGGUGGAAUUAUUAAGUAGAUUGCGGUCUCCAUAUUUGCUGACUUUGGUUGGUUAUUGCUCACAUAGUAAUCACAAAGUUUUGGUGUACGAAUUUAUGCCAAAUGGUGGUCUUCAGGAACAUUUGUACCCUGUUGGCGGUUCAAAUGCUCCGUCUCUAAAUUUGGACUGGGAGACACGGUUGAGGAUAGCCAUUGAAGCUGCAAAGGGUUUGGAAUAUCUCCACGAACAUGUCAGUCCUCCUGUGAUUCACAGAGAUUUUAAAAGCAGCAACAUUCUUUUGGACAAAAGUUUACAUGCGAAAGUUUCUGAUUUUGGAUUGGCUAAGAUCGGGUCUGACAAGGCUGGAGGGCACGUCUCAACUCGAGUAUUGGGCACACAGGGAUAUGUUGCACCUGAGUAUGCAUUAACGGGGCAUCUUACAACCAAGUCAGAUGUGUAUAGUUACGGGGUUGUCCUUUUGGAGUUACUAACAGGCAGAGUUCCAGUUGAUAUGAAAAGACCUUCUGGAGAAGGUGUUCUUGUUACUUGGGCUUUGCCCCGACUUACAGACAGGGAGAAGGUUGUACAGAUUAUGGAUCCCGCACUUGAGGGUCAAUACUCGAUGAAGGAGGUUAUCCAGGUGGCGGCAAUCGCUGCAAUGUGUGUACAACCAGAGGCAGAUUACAGACCGCUGAUGGCAGAUGUCGUGCAGUCCCUUGUUCCAUUGGUGAAGGCUAACAAGUCAAGUUCAAAGGUAGGAAACUCAUCCAGUUUCCACCUGACAAAGUCACCCACAACCCAAGACCCUGGUAAAGUAAGCUUAUGAAAGGAUUAUCUGUGUAAUUCCUUAGCUAAGGUAGAUUAAUGUGCAGUUUUAGACGGACCCUUUUUUACUCUAGGCAUCUGUCAUUUGAACUAAGAAGCCAAAUCAUUGUAUUGUAUAAUGUUUUCUGAAGACUAUAAAGUUUUGGCAGCAAGAAAACCUAGUAAGAUUACCAUAUUAAGAAACAUCAACCUAAACUAUGUAACAAAGAUUAUGUAUCACAAGUGAAGAAAGCAUAACCCAAUUUUGUUGUUGUUAACUA